AUGGCAGGAGUAAGAGCUAGCAAUGAAGAGCCAAUUCAGUCUGAGAUAUCAAUCAGCGCACAAAGAAUCCUAGCACUCAAGAACCUUCAUUCUCCAAUUGUUCAACCAGAAAUUGCAGCAGGAAAUUUUGAAUUGAAACCGGUCAUGUUUGACUUGCUGGAAACAAUUGGCCUAUUCAAUGGGAUGCCUAGUGAAGAUCCACUUCUCCACUUCAAAAAUUUCAUGGAGGUAGCAGAUAGCUUCAAGAUACAAGGAGUUACAUCGAAUACAUUAAAGAUGAAUUUAUUUCCCUUCUCUCUCACCAAUGGAGCUAAGGCAUGGUCGAACACACUACAACCUAAUUCCAUUCGUAGAUGGGAAGACAUGGCUGAAAAGUUCUUGAUGAAAUUCUUUCCUCACACAAAAGCAAUUCUGUUAAGGAAUGAUAUAGCAACGUUCCAGCAAUAUGAUGGUGAGACACCUUAUAAAGCAUGGGACAGAUUCAAGGAAUUGCUGUGGAAAUGCCCUAAUCAUGGUAUACCAGAAUGGGUACAAAUGGAGACUUUUUACAAUGGUUUUAACGAUCAAACAAGGGGUGUAGUUGAUGCAUCAGCCGGAGGAGCUCUCUUAGCUAGGACAUUCACUGAAGCAUAUGAAAUCCUAGAGAGGAUGACACUUAGCAACUACCAGUGGCCAACGGAAAGAAUGAAUACACCAAAGAAGGCUGUUGGAAUGCUGAAGCAUAAUGAUGUAUCAGUGUUGGCAGAACAUAUUUCAUCUUUGAAUGAUACAAUCAAGUCAUUCAACCUGUCUGCCGAUGUUAGAGCACAUCAAGUGCAUGCCAUAACCAAUGCUAUAUCAUGUGUUUUCUGUAAUGUUCCUCAUGUUUAUGAUAACUGUACAAAAAAUCCUCGAUCUGUUUGUUUUGUAGGAAGCUAUAACAUGAACAAUCCAUAUUUAAACACCUACAAUCAAGGAUGGAGGAGCAACUCAAUUCUUUUAUAUUCACAAGGACAACAACAAGAAUUCUCUGCUACAACAACACAUUCAAAUAGAAUUUCAUACCCUUCUGAAUUUAUGCAGCAGCAGCAUCAAUCCAAACAGCAAGUUGAUACAUCAAAUACGCUGGAAAGCAUGCUGAAAAACUUUAUGGCAAAAAGUGAUGCCCUUAUCCAAAAUCAAACUGCAUCUAUCAAAAACUUGGAAACUCGGAUGGGACAAUUGGCAGAAGCAAUCAAUGUCAGACAAUAUGACACACUGCCUAGCAGCACAGAGUAUCCUAGGAGAAACGAAGAGGAGCACAUCAAGGCCAUUGAAAUAAAGAAUGGAGAAGAACAUGUCAAUGCUAUAGCAAUAUUAGGUGGUGAAGCUAAGGUUUUAAAUCAGAAUGAAGGAGAUAAAGCUGCAAAAGAGGUGGAAAUUUAUUAUCAACCCGAAAAACCUCAAAUUGCUGGGACUGAGAGUACUGCUACAACAAAACUACAGCAGGGUCAGACCGUCAGCAAAACAAUUAUACCACCAUCUCCUUUACCUCAAAGGCUACAAAAGCAACAAGAUGCCAUGCAAAAAGAGCAAACCUUGAGUGAUCUUGAGGCUAAGGUGAAAUUGAGGCCUAUGACUCUACUAGAAAAGAUGGGAAUAAGGAACAUAAGGUCUGCAAAGAUGACUCUGCAUUUACCUAAUCGCUCCAUCAAAGCAUCAAUUGGCAUUGUUGAAAAUAUGAAUGUCAAGAUAGGCAAAUUUGCACACCAAGUAGAUUUUGUGAUGCUUGACAUAAAGGAGGACCCUACUAUUUCUCAAUUUCUCGAGGAAUCAUUCUUUGAUACCCAAAAAGUUAUGGUAGACAUGUGGAAAAGUGAUUUAAUUUUAAAGAUGGAUGGAGAUCAGGUGCAUACCAUUGAAUAUACGGAAGAUGGAAUAACAAACCUCGAUGUUCCUCAAUCAUUAAGGGUUGGAAGCAAGCCCAAGGGAGAAAAGGGUACUGAUGACCAAAAGAGAAGAACUCAAGCCACAGCAAAGGCUUGA